AUGCUUGAGCCGCACUCCGUGCAGGCACAAGAAGGGGGCGGCUGGAACAACGAGCCUGUCCUGGCAGCUGCGCCACAUGCCGACAAGGUCUCCAAGUACAUCACUCCCUCGCAGAUGGUGGUGGUGAGCACCAAGGUAGGUGAUCUGGUCACCUGCAUUCGAGCCUCCACAAUCGAUAGCGAAGCGUUGAUGAAGGAAGUGUCUGAGGAGGAGAUGACGGAGUUUUUCAUCUAUGCCCGCGAGGUGAACUCUGCCAUCGCGGAGCUGCGGACGCGGUCCACGGGGCACGUGUCCAGGCUGAUUUCGGCCAAUGACUUGACGGGAGUCUCCAAGUUUCCGGACCAGGCCUUUCAGAACGCUCUCACCGGCUCAGCGAAAAAGGCAGUGACGCUGUACCCGGGCUACUCCGGGCCAACGGUGUUGCUGAAUUUGCCGUGGUUGGCUCGGAUGUUGGUCUCCAUCCUGACGCCGCUCUUCCCCGGGGCGGUGCGGGAGAAGAUCAAGUUUGCUCGCGGACCAAUGUCGUACAUGAAGGACUUGAAGGACAUCGUCAAAGAGCCACUCAGGAGCAACUUCGUGGAUGACAUCCAGGCUGUGAUGAACGCCUGAGGGGCACAGAAGAUCUGGGGAUGGGCAAAACACCUGUUGCUUCAUGUACCAGCCUAUAGUAGCGCC